AUGGAAUAUCCUGCAAAACUACGAUUCGCUGUCAGUUGUUCGAGUAACAUGAACAGAAGUAUGGAAACACACAGCAUAUUGAAGUACGUUUUUAGAUAUAAUGGUUCUUAUAUGAUUUCUUAAUUUCCAGAAAGCGUGGUUAUAAUAUUGAAUCAUAUGGUUCUGGAAAUCAAGUUAAAAUGCCAGGUCCAACUGUCGAUCGUCCGAAUUGCUAUGAGUUUGGUGCAACAACAUAUGAUCAUAUUUAUAAUGAUUUGAAAAACAAAGAUGUGGGAUUGUAAGUUUUUUCAGAAUAGUUUAAAAAAAAUGAAAAUUAAAUUUAGGUAUACUCAAAACGGUCUUCUUAACAUGGUUGAUCGAAAUCGACAUAUCAAACCACGUCCACAACGUUUUCAAAUUGAAACCAGAGAAUUCGACGUGGUAUUUUGUUUAGAAGAAAGAGUUUAUGAUCAAGUUGUAGAUCAUCUUACAAGAAGAGUGAGCACUUCAGGAAAUCCAGUCCAUAUUAUAAAUAUUGAUAUCGAGGAUAAUCCAGAAGAAGCAACAAUUGGUGCAUUUUUUGUCGCUGAAAUUUGUGCAAAAGUGAGUUUUCAAAACCUUUGACUCCAUUUGCAUUUGUAUAUUUUUUUUAGCUAGAAAGCAGUGAAGACGUAGAUAAUGACAUCGAUCAAAUAUUAACUGACUUCGAAGAUAAGUUUACUAAACGUAAUAUGUUACACACUGUCUGUUUUUAUUGA